AGAGAGGGAAGGGGGACUUUCCGCCCCAAUACAUAAAAAUUGCAACCUCCGCCGCUUCUCUUUUUAUCGUAGAGGAAUCCAUGAACUCGUAUUAGUCGGAUCUUAAUUCGCCACGAAGGAAAUCCAGUGAGGGAAGAAGGAACGAGAAACGCUGGUCCAUCUCCAGCACCGGAAGACGAGGGACGCGAGGAUGCUGUGAGCCGAGCCAGCCAUGGUCCCUCCGUUCCCCCAGCAUGUGAGCUCGAAGAGAGACGGGAGCAAGAGGCAGGGAUAAAGCCGCGAGAGAGGGGGAGAAAAAGGAAAGAGACUUCAGCGGCCGUCCUUCUCCUCUUCAGCCCAUUUUGAUAUAUGUAUCUAAAUAUAUUUUCCCCUCCUAUUCUUUAUUUUCCCAAGUCUCUUCUUUAAACCCAGUUUUUAUCCACUAGUUUUGACUUAUAUGCCUCACUCGGAGGAGACCUUCCACUCUGGCCACGGACAAUGAGCGAUGCUUUCACUUCAUGGGGAAAUACGACAACUGAAGGCGUGACGACGGUGCCUGGCGAAGUGAGCCCCCGGGACGGUUAUGUGUUGCUCCUCGUGCUGCUUUCUAUCUUUAUCGGGGGCACCUUGGUGCUUCUGUUUGGCGUCCUGAUCAUCUGCCGGCGCUGCUGUGAGACGGACCGAAGGCACUCCAGAGCCAGCGAUGACCCAGAAAAAACGAACACAACCUAUCUGGAUGACUCACAGCCGGCGCAAGACAUCACCAUCAAAGUGGAUGAUCCUGAAUGCGCAUCCAGCUCCAGCUAUCGAGAUGCAGAGAGCGAGCGAUUUCUGUCUUCCGGCAGCGCCACGGGGCGGCGGGUCUCAUUUAAUGAAGCCGCCCUCUUUGAGCAGAGCAAGAAGACGCAGGAGAAGGGGAGGAGGUACACCCUGACAGAGGGCGAUUUCCACCACCUGAAGAAUGCCCGCCUCAGCCAUCUGCCCCUGCCACCCUCAGCUGCCCUCAAAAUUGUCACCAUCCAUGAGUGCGAAUCCAAUGAGAACAGCCUUAUGAUGACUCCCCGCCUCCCACCUGUCAAGCCUAGCCUGGCCAUCUUCCAACCAACUGGAGCCCCCCUGCCCAAGACGGCGCUGACCAGCCACGGAGGUCUGUGUUCGAGUUCAGCGCUCCCAGGAGACACUUUUAACUCCAGCGUCGAAGCCACUUCCUCUGUUUCCUCCGACUCGGGCGAGGGAGUUGUGUCUGGCGGUGCAGCUAAGGGCCCCAAAGGAGCCGCCGCAGCUGGCGUGAGCACCGGGGACCCCACCUCAGCGCCUGGCCAGGGCACUGUCCUUCAUUUCCUCACCCGCCUGCGCCGCCAUGCUAGCCUGGAAGGAGCGAGUCCCUAUUUCAGAAUCAAGAAGUGGAAACUGGAGACCAGCCAGCGGGCGUCCAGUCUGGACACAAGAGGGUCUCCCAAGCGUCACCAGUUCCAGCGACAACGGGCCGCGAGCGAAAGCAUGGACCAGGAUCGGGACCCUCACCAGACAGACAUCAUCCAGUACAUUGCCCGGACGGAUGAUGUGGUUUUCCGGCCCGUGGCUGGACCGUUCCUGCCUGCUCCGGCCAGUCCAACAUUAUCUCUCGGCAGGUUAGAGUCUUCCGAACCACCCAGCCCCACCCCACCUGAGCCUCUUCCAUCGGAACAGCAGCCCACCCCCCUUUAUCACGACAUCUGGAGCCUAAGAGCAUCCCUAGAAAAGUGUGCUUCAUCAGAGCAGGGCAAUGACCGGGACUCAGCGCCCAGCGAUGGCGGGGACAGCGUCUCCUCGAGCGGUGGGCUGCCCAGUUUCUCCUCUUCCCUGGCCGAUGAGGCUGAAGGAGGAGAUGAGAGGCCCUGGGGGAAACCCAAGCAGGAUAGCGUUGAGUUGGAAGCUGGGACACGUAAACUCUUGCAGAUGGAUAGUGGCUAUGCCUCCAUCGAGGCCCCCAGCGGACGGGUAGGAGAGGACCAGACAGCCUCGGAGAAACGCUUCUGCUUCACCAGCGCUGGACGCAAAGCCACCAUCUUUGAGAGCUUUGAGGGACAGGAGCCAGAAGAGGAGGAGGAGGACGAGGAGGAGGACGAGGAGGAGGACGAGGAGGACGAGGAAGCAGCAGGGGCUGUUGGUGGACUGCCCCCCUCCAGUCCCUUGCUCUGGGCUCCGUACGGGCAGAUGUUCCCCGCUCGGGAAUCUUUCCCUCGCCGGGACUACAGCAUUGAUGAAAAAACAGAUGCGCUCUUCAACGCCUUUGUCCGCCACGACCCUCAAUUUGACGAAUCGCCCCUGCGGGCAAAGCACCGGUCCCGAACCCAUUUGCGGAAGCAGUGGCAACGAACCAAACAGUACAGCGAUCCCGGCGUCCGCUACCCCACAGCCCUGGAGAGGCACCGGACCCCCCUGCGCCGGGGCGACAGCGUCAACUACCCCUUGGAAGGGCGCUACCACAGCACCCUGCCCCGCAUUGUCAGCGCCGGGGAUGAGGAAGCGGCCUUGCCCGCUGCAGAAACUGGGGACAAGAUCCAGGUGAUUGAGGAGGAACCACCAGAGGAGGCCAAAGUGGGGCCUGACCCGUACAGCAGUGGCUGCCUUGAAGGUGGUCAGUGCCCAGGGCUGGGCGAUCUGGGCACUGAACUCAUGGACAAGAUCGCUGGGGGGCUGGAGGACAUGUUUUUCACACCCUUGAAAAAAACAAGAGAGAGUCUAGAGUGUGUGGUGGUGGCCAGUGCUCCCCCUGAUCACAGCCCUGAAUAGUGGCGCAGGGAAGCCCUGUGAUAACCAUCUCUCUCUCGCCCCAGGGCUGGGGGUGCCAGUGCAGGACCUGCAGCCAGCCAGGAUGUAGGGCACUCUAGGGGCAUGAGGGUGUGGAGCUAGAUCGAGGAAUGCCGCCCGGCAUGCCUGCUCUGACAGCCUUCCGCUGUGUUCUAGGAAGUCCCACCUGGAGGUACCCUUGAGUGUUGAAGGUCCAGGGCCGAAGACUUUCCCAGUGGACAUCCUUGUCUCGCUAGCCAGAAGAUGGAGCCCACCGAGGACUGGGGGAAGCUUGGCCGUAUCCAUCCAUGCAUUUCCAGCGGGGGCCCCGAAAGGUGGGGGAGCCCGUCCCAAGAGGUGACCUUCCGUUUCUGAGGGUCUGAAGAGCGCAGGGCGUCCGUUGGAGCAGAAGGGCCUUCGGUCCCCUUCCGGCUAGGGCCAGGGGUGGGGAAGGGGGGAGCCCACCGAAUCUCUCCCUCGUUUCCAAGCAGGUCUGCCAAAGUCGGCAUAUCUCUUGCACAGCCAGGAAGUUAAAGUUUUCAGGGGCUCUUUCUUGACGAUAAUAAUAAUAAUAAAGGAAAAAGCCCCCAAGCCUAGCGGAGGCCUGACAUACCUCACGACCUACGAGCUGGUUGUAGCAGAAAUUAACAGCUCCUUCCACCUUUCCCUGCACCUCUCUCUCUCUCUCUGGUUUUUUACAAGCAAUAACCGUGUCCUGUGCUCCCUUCCCUGCAAAGCCAUCUUGCUCGAGGGUCCUUGUGCGGGAGGGGGCGGCACCGCCUUCCAGGUGGGGCAGAGCCCCGUGUCUCAGCCGACAGACGUCU